AUGUCGUGGAACUUAGAAGCAAUGUCAAUUGGCAAUGGUUCUCUGAUCAUAUCAACGAAUAUCUUUUCAUUGCAUCCUCUGUUUAUGAGUUUUGGAUUUCUGUUCUUUAUGUUUAAUGGUAUAGAUGUACUAAGUGAAAACAUUUUCGGUCCCUUGAAAUCCAGGUCUAAAAAGAUAAAAGCCCACUGGAUACUAGAGUCUCUUUCAGUAUUAUUUAUUUUCAUUGGUUUUAUUGGAAUUUAUGCCAACAAAAUAUUAAACGGAAAACCGCAUUUCGCCACAUGGCACGGACUUAUAGGCGCAGUCGCAUCCUUUAGUCUUGUAUUUAUGUGUAGUUGUAGUUACCCUGAGCACUUUCAAAGUUUUCCUGCAGGUAAUCACGAAGUUCUGCAAAUGUUUCAAAAUAAAACUACUUAA